CUUAACUCUGUUUAUAUUUAAAACCUGAUUGACUGAGUCGUCGAGUUAGUAGCUGUAGCCCACUCGUUGAUACAGUCGUCCAGUGGUCAUCAUCAGAAUCAAGUUAUCUCCAGACAUGUCGUCUAGCAAGAAAAGAUGUGCAUUAGGACCUGGUUAUGCCUCACCACUGGAGGCCAUGCAAAAGGGACCUCGGGAGAAAAUCCUGUACACUAUCACCGUCCAACCAAAUUUAGAUGAACCGCACGGUGACUACUUAUCUACAGUUGAUGUGGACCCGGAGAGCCCGACUUAUUGUCAAGUAAUCCAUCGGACCUUCACCAACUGCAAGAAGGAUGAGUUGCACCACUUCGGCUGGAAUGCCUGCUCCAGUUGUCAUUUGGUAGACAAAGAAUGUUCAAAAGUUCCUAAGCGGAACAGGCUCGUUGUGCCCAGCUUGAAUUCAGAUAACAUUUACAUCAUGGAUGUCGGCACAGAUGAACGAAAGCCGAAAAUAAUAAAAACAAUUAGCGGCGAUGUCAUGAAAUCAUUUGACCUUACUGCGCCACAUACCACCCACUGUUUGGCUGAUGGAAACAUAAUGAUUUCAACGAUGGGCGACCGAAAUGGUAAUGCAAAAGGAGACUUCUUCCUUUUAGAUCCGGAGUUCAACGCAAUCGGAACAUGGACUAGAGGCGAGAAGGCACUAUGCGGUUACGAUUUCUGGUAUCAACCAUACUUCAAUGUUAUGGUUGCUUCGGAGUGGGGUGCACCAAAUUUGUUCCGAAGCGGAUUUAAUCCUUCUGACGCGGACGAUCCAACUCAAUACGGUCGACGUCUCAAUUUCUAUAAAUGGAAUGAGAGAACCCUUUUCCAAACAAUCGACCUUGGCGACGAAGGUACGACUCCCUUGGAAGUACGUUUCCUUCACGAUCCACUCAAAUGCCAAGGAUUCGUCGGAACCGCUCUGUACUCCAAAGUGUUCUGGUUUUUCCGCAAACCAGGAUCGGAGUUAUUUGAGGUGAAAAAAAUAAUUGAUGUACCUUCGAAAAAAGUCGAGGGUUGGGCUGGCGGUUCUGAAAUCGGAGGACUUAUGAGUGAUAUUAUCUUAUCACUCGAUGACCGAUUUUUAUACUUUUCAAACUGGCUGCAUGGAGAUGUUAGGCAAUAUGAUAUUAGCGAUCCUGCGAACCCAAAGUUCACAGGGCAGGUAUUCAUUGGUGGUUCGGUGCAUAAGGAGACCGGCAUCAAAGUUCUGAAGGAUGAGGAACUAAGUGAACAACCUGAAACUAGAUACAUCAAGGGGCGAAAAAUUGAAGGAGGUCCGCAGAUGCUUCAGUUGUCGCUCGAUGGUAAACGUUUAUAUGUUUCCACUUCACUUUUCUCGCCAUGGGACAAACAGUUCUACCCCAAGAUGGUUGCUGCAGGCGGAGUAAUUGCCCAAAUUGAUUGCGACACAGUUAACGGAGGUAUGAAACUAAACGAGGAUUUCUUGGUGGACUUCGGUAAAGAACCAUACGGUCCAACCUUACCCCAUGAAAUGCGAUAUCCUGGUGGUGAUUGUACCUCCGAUAUCUGGCUAGCUGACCCUGAAAGCUAAAAAUGAAUGAUUUGAUGAGAAAGCUGUAAAAAAAUAUUUACAUAUUCGCAUAUAAGAUUACGUUUUAUUAUUAGCGAAUUCUGAUAAGAAUCGUUUUUUGUAAAAAUAAUUUUGAAAAUUUUAGUCUGAUCAAUAAUGAGAACCUGAAAAAUUGUUCGUAUCUAAUGGAAUAUAUUAAAACUGUACUUGCUAGUAUAUGAGCCAAA